AUUGUUUGAAUUCUACUAAUAUUUUUUUAAUUAAAUUAAAAGAUUUUGUGACUUAAAACUAAUUAUCAAUUAAGUUUUUCAUAGAUUUUAAUUCAUAUAAUUUGUGUAUAUAGUUAUGGCUGCCCUGACAACAGAUAAAGGACCGAUUUACGAUCCGGGUUUGUGUAGGUGCUGUGGAAAUUUAAAGAAAUGUAGGAUUUUAAAUGUUGAAUAUAUAAGUUUGGGUAAAAAAGAGUUGUAUAUGGAUAUGUUAAUUGAUUGCUUUGGAGUUAUAUUGUCGAACUUGGACAGUGGACCAACUGAUCGUCUCAUUUGUGCGUCUUGUGUGCAUCGUUUAAGGGAUUCUUAUGAAUUCAAACAGCAAGUACUGAAGUGUGAGGAUGCUUUCCUUCAGGCAAGACUCCAUGAUCAAGAGGUUAAAGCGAGGGAUGUCACCAAAAUCGAAACGCCCGAAAUAGAAGUGAAGUUGGAACUAAUUGAGAUGUCAGAAGAUCGGCCGUCUGGAUCACCUUUUCACGAUACCCACGAUGAUUCACAGAGUGACAUUAAAUCGGAAUCACGGAAGUCAGACACCAACAGCGUGGAAGACGAGGACAGACCUUUGAUAGACUUGGUAAAGACUCUGGAUCCAGCUCGGCAAGAGCUCAGAAUCGACAAGAACUCGAAAGCGACUAAUCAUACCGUAUCAAAACAAAUAUCUAUGUCAGUGUUACAACAACGAAUACGAGAAAGGGAUCCAACAUACUUAAUGGAGUCGAACACUCUUACUAUAAUGGAGUUCUCUUAUGUUUGUCCGUUCAAAUGUCGCCACAACCAUCUACUGUGCUACUUCUGCGGCGACGUCUUCGCCGACCCUUCCGCGCUCCGGGAGCACACACUAUCAACUCACAACCCGAAGAAAUUUAAAAUAGUCGAAUCGAAAAAAAUGAUAAAAGUCGACCUAACGAGAAUCGAUUGUCGAUUGUGCUCCAUGAAAAUCGAUUCACUCGAUGAAUUCAAACGUCACAUCACAACGGCGCAUAAAAAGAGAAUCUACGAUAUCAAAGAUAUGUUGCUGCCUUUUAGGCUGUCGAAGAAUGAGAUCAAGUGCGCGUUGUGCGAUCUUCAAUUUCCAUAUUUCCACGCUUUGAAUAAACACAUGAAUGAACAUUAUAGUAACUUUGUCUGUGAGACUUGCGGUUUGGGCUUCGUUGAUCGAGCUCGAUUUCUGAUGCACCAACAACGGCACGAUCAAACGGAGUACCCAUGUGAAAUAUGUGGCAAGUCGUUCAGGGCUGCGUACAACAAAGAUCUGCAUAUAGAUCGCGUGCAUAACAGGCGGGGGAGGAUAUAUUGUCCCAAAUGUGACGUCAGAUUGAUGACGUACCCGCAGAAGCUGAAACAUUUGGUGGAGGUCCACGGGGAGCAACCGAUGUCGUUUACGUGUAAUUUGUGUGAAAAGGUGUUUGAGACGCGGCGCACUCUGACCACGCAUAGGCGAAAGAUACACUUGAAGGACUACAGGUAUGAGUGCCAGAUCUGCGGCCAGAAAUUUUUCACACGUUUCGCUUUGACCAAUCACAUGCCGACCCACACGGGAGAGAGGAAUUUUAAGUGCAAAGUUUGUGAAAAAUCUUACCCCCGUCUGAAGACGCUUAAAGAUCACAUUCGGAUACACACAAACGACAGGAGAUAUAGGUGCCAUAUAUGUGGGCAAGCAUUUAUACAGAAUUGUAGUUUAAAGGGUCAUAUGAAGAGCCAACAUCCGGAGUAUAUUUAGCUAAUUUUAAGAGAUAAAAUUUUUUAUAUCACUAA